CUUAGAGAAGAAGUCUUUAUGAAAAACAGUUUCAGUUACAACCGGAAGGCAUCAAGUAUGAUAAUAAUAAUCGAUAUUUAAAUAGCCUUACCUCGUCGCUCUAGUGAAAGUGUAACACAAGGAAACAAUAGAGGCUUGUGGGAGAAGGAGAAAAAAGGUUGGGCGUCAAGAAAGAAAGGAAGGGAAGAAAAUCAGCGAGAGGGAGGUGAGUUCAAACUAGGUGUUGAAGACAGCGGAGGGCCUUAAGUAAAAGAGAGGAUUUCCACUCUGGGCGAGACAAGUAGGGGCUGGAGGGCUGUGGCUUAACAGGUGUCCCUUUUCAGCCUUUCUUGCAAUCUCUAUCCCCAGGAAAACCUAUUGAAAGCAUGAUAGAAAUCUUGCAAGAAGAAGUUCUGGGGUGCACCGCGGGUGCAAGGUUCUGACAGGGUUAAAACAGUCACCUGCAGCUGAAGUGAGACUCAGAUGGGAAGUAGGAAGUGCUGCGCUGGAGCUUCCUGUAUAAAUAAAUGCAGCUCCCCCCCCUCCCCAACCCCCCCGAAAAAAAGAAAAAAAAAAAAACCCUGCUGUUGGCUAGCCGCUGCGCUACCCAAUGUUGCCUGUGUAAGCUGUGAUAGCAACAUGCUCUUGAGAGCAGAGAGGAGAUUGUCCUACCCCGUCUUUUUAUAAAGGUCUGGGAAGACGAGUCCUGUUGCAAUCCUGAAAAGUGUAUAGCUGUCAGCAGCUGCACACGGGAAAAGCUCCCGGUGAGCAAUGAAACAGUUUCUCCUUUCCAGUCCGGGAGCAGCCCAGAGUGGUUGGUGAGAUAUGAACCUCUUCGGUUGCUCUGAGGAGUGAGUGUGGGGUUGUCUGAAAGUCAGACAGAAGCUGGGAGGCGAUCAACCUCUUGGUGCAAGGGAUUAAGAAGAUCCAAGAAGUGACCAAACAUACUGAUGGACUCUGCUGGUGAACUCUGCUAUCACAAUAUGACAAUGGAAAAACCAGCUACUGGAGAACUAGCCUUGGAUCCUUUGGUCACUUGCAAGCUCUGUCUUUGUGAAUAUUCUCUGGACAAGAUGACCACUCUUCAGGAAUGUCAGUGUAUCUUUUGUACAUCGUGCCUGAAACAGUACAUGCAGCUGGCAAUUCGAGAAGGAUGUGGAUCUCCCAUCACUUGCCCUGACAUGGUGUGCUUAAAUCGUGGUACCCUACAGGAAUCAGAGAUUGCCUGCUUGGUAUCAGUGGAUCAAUUUCAGCUUUACCAACGGUUGAAGUUCGAAAGAGAAGUCCAUUUGGACCCUAGUCGGACAUGGUGUCCUGUUGCUGACUGCCAGACUGUGUGCCAUAUUGAACAGAAUAAUUCAGGACAGCCCACAAUGGUCGAAUGUCCUUCUUGUCACUUGACAUUCUGCUCAUGCUGCAAAGAUACCUGGCAUGCUGAUCGCUCUUGUCGGGACAGCCAGCCUGUUGUUGUCUUGCCAACAGAACAUGGAGCCCUCAUUGGGAUGGAUGCAGAAGCCCCCAUUAAGCAAUGCCCUGUUUGCCGGGUCUACAUCGAACGGAAUGAAGGUUGUGCUCAGAUGAUGUGUAAGAAUUGUAAACACACAUUCUGCUGGUACUGUCUCCAGAACCUGGAUAAUGACAUUUUCCUCAGACAUUAUGAUAAAGGGCCCUGCCGAAAUAAACUGGGUCACUCCCGAGCCUCUGUGAUGUGGAACCGAACACAGGUUGUAGGGAUUCUCGUGGGACUGGGCAUCAUAGCCUUGGUGACUUCACCCCUGCUGCUGCUGGCCUCCCCCUGUAUCAUCUGCUGUGUUUGCAAAUCCUGUCGGGGCAAGAAGAAAAAGCACGACCCGCCCACUACCUAAGCCUGCCCCCGUGGGCAGCGUGUCCAGGAUAUGGGCGGUAUCCUGCGUGAGGAUCUGGUGUGGUGCCCUCUUUAGCAGAUUCGUCUCCUUCUCCUUGCCAACCUUUGGAAGUGCCUAUUGUCUACGGGCUUUGAACUUGCUUGUGAGUCUCAGUGUGGGGAAGGGCCAAGCUUUAUGUUGUGUUUGAAGAAGCCUGGUUGUGAAGCCCAGACUACGAAUGUGGGAUAUGUCUGGAAACCUUGGGGCUGAAUGGGAAGGACCAGUGUCACUUGUCAUCCGAAGCUCCGUGACUUCUGGACUGGUCAUCUUGUGGCCGAGGAGAAGGAGCCCGAGGAGAUCUCUCCUGUUACAACAAACUGUGUUGCUGUGAUGAUUGCAUGUAUGAUCGGAGUGCUAGAGGAGACUUAUCUGAAGCUCUGUGAUUCCUGAACUUGACAGAAGAAGGAGCCUGGGGAAACAUCUCCUUUCAAAACAAACUAUUGCCAUGAUUAUUAUAUGUAUGAAAGCGCUGGUUGGGGAACGAGAUGGAAAUGCUGACUUGGCUAGAUUAGAUAUAUUUAUUUUCCUACCAUGAUAGAGUAGAGAGGGCUGAUGCAAAAUCUUUGCUGUGUGUGUGUUGGGGGGGAGGAGGGGAUGUUGAGGUGGGGAAGGAUCCACUUUCUUAGCAAAGAAAGGAUCUAAGAUAAAUAGCCCACCAUAUCUUGGGGAUGUAUCUGUAGAAAUGGUAUCACUGCUUCUUCUGUGAAGGUAGAAUAGGCUGAGUGUUUGGUGUGUCAGGGUACCACAUUCGCAAUAUCUAUGGAAGGUUUUGGGCUAUAUUUUGGUAACUUUACCCUGGGGAAGAGAAGGAGGUUAGUCUCAGUUUUCAGUAAGAGGAUUCAUGGAAUGAGAGGAAUGGUAGUAUGCCCAUUCCAAUAUCGCCACCUAGCAAGUCCAAUUUUCCAAGGAGACCCUUGUUUUGUACUUAGAGGACCUCUUUUAGAAAUGUGUUUUAUGUGAAAGAAAAAGGGGUAAAACUCCAUUAUAAAAGAUGAUAGGCAACAAAGUUUGACCCUAUAAUCUUAGAGCUUUAAGUUGUAGAACGGGGCCUAAAAACAAAUCCCAUCCACAAAUAUAGGUCAUAAAUCCCAUAUCUACUAUAUAUCCAUCUGGUCUCUACUUUGAAAGAAAUCUCCAUUGCACAUCCAUGUGAAGCCAGUCUAGAAAUACCCAGAUGUUAUGAAGAUAAACAGCUCCUUAAAAAAGGAAUGAAAAUGAGAUCAUCCCUUUUACACUGAAUAUACUCAAUUUUGAACUGGCCUUCAGAGCUGUUCCUAACUGAGUAUGUCCUAAAUCUUGUCAUAGCAGUGGAGAAUAUAAUUCUUGUGCCAUGCUAGGAUGGAAAGCAACAUUUUUAGUUCUCUUACUGUCUUCCUUUCAGAACCAGUUCUCCCUUGGACCCAAUACAACAUGUCAAUUUCUCAGUAUCCAUAUUUAGAAUUGUAUUAUUCAUGCACACUACAGUUCCAUCUCACCCACUUAGUGGGCAAUUUCUUGAGUUUCUGUAGCCAGAUAGAAAGCCAGUAACCUAGAGGCCAGUUUCUGAAGAUAGGCCUCUCUGUACUUGAGUUGAUCCUCAGAGGUCAAUGGGACCUUUCCCUCAGCCCAUAAUAAUAGCUUUUAAACCUUGUUGGGACCCAUUAGGGAUAUCAAGCUGCUCAGCAUUAAGAACCUUCCAUACCCCACUGAGGCAUCUAGAUAGAGUUUCUAGGUAGAAGAUGUUAGUGAAAAGGCACUACAUGAGGUGCUAAUUUUAAAAACUAAUUUAUCAUAGGUUGCUUCAGAUGAAAAUGCACAAACUCCAUUUUUUUUCUGAGACUUGUGUCACUUUUUGGAUGCUUGUGGACCUGCUUUUCCUAUAACUCCAUAACUUGAACUUUUUAAGGACAUCUAUUAUAUAUGGUUGGUAGUCUAUGCUCAGUGCAUAAAAAAUUAAAUAAAUUCUGAUCCUGGGGGUUUGUGGUCAUCUUCCUCUAAAGCUAAUGGCUAUUCAGAAGCUAUUUGGAUAUACAGUAUUUACUGAUAUACUUGGCUAUUUGAUUUAUAAGAUUGCCGUAGCACAGAUCCCAGUUGGUCACAUAUGCAUUUCUAAAGAACAAAGGUUUGCUCAAGCAAGAAGGUAAUGGGGAUGUACAUUUUUAAAGCACUUUAACUCAAACAUGUUAUGUAUUGAUUUGUCUUUUUUUUUUUUUUCGGUUAUCCCCAGCACUUAGCAUAGUGCUUGUCACACAGUAAGCACUUAAUAAAGGCUUUUUGAUUGAUGGUGUGAAAUUAAACAUGCACAUUUUUUAUGAUUUGUAAAAGUUAUAGAAAAGAAUUCUGGGAAAGCUUAUGGAGUGGCCUCCAACCAAAAAUAACUUUGAAUAGUUAUAUAAAUGUCAUUUUUCACUCUUCUUCUGCUUGCCUUGAUUUUAUUUUUCCCUACUAAUGAAAAACACUCACCUAUUGCCAGUGGUGCCUUUUCUGUGGUGACUCUCAUGAAAAAGCUUACUGAUCUUUUUCUACCUGGAACCUGUUGUCUCACUGUAGGCGAGGGGGUUUCUUUAUGUGAUGAAAACAAUCAUAAGCACUCAAAGAAACUUUAUUUCUCUAACGGGAAAGACAUGAAUUUCUAGUAUUAUAUUUUGUACUUUGAAAUGCUCAUAACUAAAAAGCAGAUAAAGUCUAGAAAUGAUUUUAUUUAGAAAGAAUCAAAAUAAUAGCUAACAUUUAUAUAGCGCUUACUAUGUGCCAGGUACUGUGCUCAGUGUUUUACAGUUAUCAAAUUUGAUCCUCAUGACAAUCCUGAGAGGUAGCUGCUAUCAUUAUCCCCAUUUUAUAGAUGGGGACGUUGAAGUUAAAUGAUUUGUUCAGGGUCACACAGCUAAGUAUAUGAUUGAGACUUUUGAACUCAGGUCUUCAUGACUGCAGGCCUACCACUCUAUCCACUGCAAUAGUUUUUUUGCAGUAAGAGAAAGACUUUUAAGGAUGAAGGGAUAGAGAAAGGAGCAUCUAUGAGUCAGGUUUCAGGAACCUGCUUUCUUACGCUUUAUAUCUGUGACUUUAAUUAUUAACCUAGAAAGCUUCCUAAGGGUUAAUAUGUAGACACAAGAGAAGCCCAGCCAUGGAUAGAGCACUGAUCCUAACAUUGAGAAUAUCCGAGUUCAAAUCUAACUUCAGAUACUCAGGACUUACUAGCAUAUGUGACUAUAAGAAAGUCAUUUAAUCUCAAUUGCCUCACCAUUCCCCAAAAUCAACCCUCACAAAAUAAACAAAUAAUCCCAAAUACAGCAAAGAUUUUAAGAAAUUAACCCAGUUUUUUUGAAAGAUGUUUGAGGGAAUUAAGAUAAGAUCCCACAAACAGCCAAACAAUUUGGCAGGUAAAGGACUGAGGCAGAUACUUGAAUGUUGGAACUUAACUGUGUAGACAAUACUCUUCAAUUUGAGGCAUGAAAGCAGCCUGAAGAUUCUAAAUAUAGCUAAAGGUACUGGUAACUUGGAUUAAUUAUAAACAGAAAGGUUUUGUAAAUAUUCCUGUAAAGCCUGCAAUGUGGCAAUAUUAGCUAGCCAGAUGAAAAGGUGAACUUGGACUCUGUCUCCCUAAUAGACCCUUUGAGCCUAUUCUAUCCUGGUGAUUUCAGUUUCCUCAUGGGAGGAUUGAAAAUCAUACUAUAGCUUAAUUCUGGGGUACUAUAACCAUAACUUUAAUGUUUGAGGAUGUUGUAGCAAUAUGAGAUUUUUUAUUUUCAAAGUGGUAUAGUGUAGGGUAGAUAAUUGAGGAGCAAAGAUUAACUUCUACCAGGAGUGAACAUCUUAUAAAGUCCAGAAUGAACAAUUGAAAUUUUUAUACAGAAAUCUGCAGUGACUUCCCAUUGUUGUCUAUAGAAUAAGAUGAUAGAAAGUACAUUAUCUGGCAUUUAAGGCUGUUCACGUUUGGCCCAAUAUAUUUUUCCAACUUAUUUACAUGACUCCUUUUUACAUAUUUUUAUAUUCCUGUUGAAAUAGAUAACAAAUUGUUUUUUGAACAUGAUACUUCCACUACCAUUUGUGGAAGUCAUCAUGCGUGUCUAGAAUGUACUUACUAGCAGUCUUUGUCUUUUCUCAGCACAGGUGCUGGGUUUUCUUGAAUUUCUUGAAUUAUUUUGAUUCAUAAAUUAGUUUUUUUUUCUGUGAGGCAAAAGGGGUUAAGUAACUUGUCCGGGUUCAUAUAGAUAGUAAGUGCCUGAGGCCAAAUAUGAAUUCAGGUCUUGCUGACUCCAAGGACAAUGUUCAAUCUACUAUACCACCUCCCUGCCCCAUGAAUUACUUUUUCUGAUUUCCAACUUCUUCACUCCCAGAUGAAAGUAAGUGAUCUUUCCACUCUUAGCUUUUCCUACAGCACUGUUGGGAUCUCACCUUCACUUUCAUCACAAUAAUACCUUGUAUAAUACUUAACUGAGAGCAUAUUGUAUUGCCUCACCUCCAGCAGAAUCUGGGCUUCUUGAGUGGAGAAAGUGACUUAAAAAAAUCAUUACCCAACUCAAGGUCUCAUAUUUAGUAGAUUCUUAAUAAAUAUUUGCUGAAUGGGUCAGUUACAUUUAGAAAAGUUUUUUUUUUUUUUUAAUACUUCCUUGAUCUUUUGUUUCUGUUUAGAAUAAUAAUCUUAUUUUGGUUUCUGGGAGAGUCAAACUAGGAGCAUAGCUGUCUAAUUAAGUGAUGCUUAGAAUGAUAAAAAUUCUUGUUCAGGCUGUGAUUAUUUGCUCUGAUCUUCAAAUGCAUUUUGAGAAAGCAAAUAAAGGAUUUCUGCUGCAGUUGGUAUCAUGCAGUCCUGGCUCUACACAGUUCAAAAGCUAUGUCUUAUUAUUAUUUGGAGGCAAAUCAUAAUUUUCUGAGUCUCUGAUUUUUAUUCUCUUCUCUAAAACUGAAAAAUCUGAAUAUUUAUUACUGUUUGUUUCACUCCCAUUUCUGCCUCUAAAUGAUUGUUUUUUUUUCUGUUUGUAAAUUAUAAAUAUAUGAUUGUUUCCAUGUAUAUAGAUUAAUAUAUUUAAUAAAUACCUAACUUUAAGGGCAAUAGGAAUAUAAUUAUGAACAAAUUUUUCACUGAACAGAAGAUCACGUUGUUCUUAAGGGUCAGUAUUUUAUCUUAGUAAUGAUAUUGGCUUCUAUGCUUCUUGCCAUUUUCCAUUUGCUUAAUAGUGUCCGAUUUUAUUCUCUUUUAACUUUUAUGUUUCCUUUUCAAUUAAAUCUUUAAGAAAAUGGCCAAGGAAGUAUUAAAUUGGAACUUUGGAAUGAAUAAAUAAAACCCUUUCAGUCCUUUAAUAAAAUUGCCCUUCUUUGCAUUGGUAUCUCCUUGGUAAAUCUUGAUAAAUUCUCAAGUCUUCUGCAAUUGAAUGACUUCAGGUUUAGCAAAUAUUAAGUGCCUGCUAAGUAGAUGUAGGCAUUGAAGAAAAAGGAAAGAGCUAAGAACAGGUGAUUUCUUAUUCAUGCUAUAUUGAUUCCAUUCAGAAUUUCAGGCUGAAUGGCUGCUCUCAUCAAUGAAUCAAUCGAUUAUCUUAUGUUACUACCAAAGGCAGAGGAUGCUUUGGAAAGAGCACUAUAUUGCCUAUGGUCAGAGAGUCUGGGUUAAAAUUCUGACCUCUAGACAAAUCUUUGACUUGAGUUUUCUCCUCUAAAAUAAGGAUUGACUGGAUAACAUCUACGAUCCUUUCUAGCUCUAAUCCAAGGAGGAACUACUACAAAGGCCACUAUUAUUGAAAUUUUUGAUCAUCUCUGAUUAUACAUGUGUUGCAAAGUUGUUAGAUAGCACUGUUAAUUAAUGCAAUAGGUGUUUCCUUUUAUUGGUUAAAAAAAGUGUUUAAAAAAUGCAUUUGGUAAAGUUGGAAAUUAAGGUUCCAUUUAUUCAAUUGACUUUCAAAAAAUCAAUUGUUAAUCCAAACUUACGAUGAAUUUUAGAAAUAGAUUAAGAAUCGUUACUGUUACAGUUAAGAAAUCCCCCACGGAUUCUUCCAUACCUUGGUGGUAAUGAGUAAUUUAGACACAUUGGUAAUAAUCUGUUAUUGUUAGAAGCAUUGGGACAAUGUAUAGAGAGCCAAUCUUGAAGCAAGUCUGAACACUGGGGUUCAAGUUUCUCUUUUUAUUCAAACUGUAGUUCUGAACAAGUCUCUCUAAAACUAUAAUUGCAGAUAGCAGAGGAAGUGCUAACUGAAGAGUUAUACAAGAAGUUUUUUUUUUUUUUAAAUUUGGGAGUUCUCCAUCCCUCUAUUUCCCUGUGUUAUGGCUAUUCGAGCAUAUGAGCUAUCUGAGCUUCUAAUUAACAGCUACCAUAAUUCUAACUUCUCUUUUGGUAAAAUCCGUAAGAUCACUUUGAGGACACUUCUAUUUAGCCAAAUGUUGUUCAUGAGAUCUUGUAACAUAGCAAUAUUGUGUAGUUUAAAAAAAAAUAGAAUUUCAGUGUUCAGCAAAUUUAAUGAAUUUUCAAAUAAUUCUUAAAUAGGUGGCUUCAUACUCCAUUGAUGAUUAACCAAUGCUGUAUGUAGCACUUAGUUUCAUAUAAAUGAAACUAUAUAACUAAUAUAUUUCAGAAGAUUUGAUGAUCAGAAUUAUACCAUAUUGUAAAUUUUGGGGUAUGCUGGAAAACAAAUAUUUUCUGAAGCUUUCAAAACAAUGAUCUACCUGUACCAUACUACUAGAGUACAUUUUAUUUUUUUUAACCUUGAUUGUUAUUAGACUAGGUAUAAAAUAACUUGCAUAUACAUGGCAAUUCUAACUUUUGAAAAUUAUUUUUAAAAUGAAAAUAGUAUGCUUCAAUUUUCAUUUAGUUUUCAUAGUUCUUUCUCUGGAUAUGGAUAGCAUUUUCCAGUGUGAGUCUUUUAGAGUUGUCUUAGAUCAUUGUAUUGCUGAAAAGAACAAAGUCUAUCUAAGUAGUUAAUCCACACAAUGUUGCUAUUAUUGUGUACAGUGUUUUCCUGGUUCUGCUUCCUUUACUCAGCAUCAGUUCAUCUAAGUCCAGGUUUUCUGAAAUCUGCCUGCUCUUAAUUUUUUAAAGAAUAGUAACAUUUUGUUACAUUCAUAUACUACAAUUUGUUGCCAUUUCCCAAUUGAUGGACAUCCCCUUUGUUUCCAAUUCGUUGCUAUCACAAGGAGAGCCCUUAUCAACAUUUUUCUUCAUAUGGGUCCUUUUCCAUUCUUGUCUUCAUAUCAGCAAUAUGAGAGAGAACAUGUGUCAUGUGCAUUUUAAAGAUAAAGAAAUUGAAUUAGAGAAAGAUUGGGUCUUUCUGAAGGUUAGUUAAUGGAAAGUGUAAUAUAUUGUGGAGAGAAUAAUGAAUUUAAGGUCAAAAAUCCUGUUAGUAAGUUCCAACUCUGCCUCUUAGUAGCUGUGAGGUUUUGAAUUCAUCUCAACCUUAGGUUUCCCAUCAAUAUAAUAUAGAUAAUAAUAUUUGCAUUAACUUAUAGGCUUUUUGUGAGACUUUCUAAAUGCUAUAUAAAUGUCAGUUUAUUUCUAGAGAAGUAGUAUGUUAUCAGGGAAAAAGUGUUCAACUUGAAGUCAAAAGAACCCAGAUUCAGUUCCUACCUCAGAGUGACUAUAGGCAAGUAAUUUAAUCUUGGACAAUACUCUACAACUUAAGUUAUAAUGAAUAAAGAAUAAAGGUGAAGGAGUCCUCAUAAGUCCCUGGUAUAUUAUAAUUCAAGACUAGGUCAGAAUUUAAACUUGGUCCCCAACUGUCAUAUCAGCAUAAAGCUUUUUACAAUUCUACUGAAUGUGUCUUCCCUUCUAAGUACAAUCAAACUUACAGAGUCCAUACUACUUUUUUUCUAUCACAUAAUUCACAAAAUUAUAUAAAAGAUUCCAUCACCUGUGUUAAUAGACAUUGGAUCACCUGAAGAGGGCUAAUAUCUUAAAAGUCAUUUUUCUUUUUGCCUAUGUAUAAAUACAUAUAAAGCCAAUCAGGUAUAUUGUCUCAUUCUCACCUCCCACAAAGGAUUUUCUAGGAAAUGAAAGGGAGGAACAGGUUAAGGAUAAUUCAUUUUAGAAUAAUGUCAGAGGUUCUUGUGUAUUUGAUUAUUUUAUGGUGGAAUCUCUACCACUCUAGGUCUAGUUGUUCUCCCCAAGUCUCUCUUUAAUGUCCU